UAUGAGAACUUUAUUUCCUCAUGAGAAACGCCUUAGACUAACUAAUGGCACGGAAGAGGACCUUCAAAAUAAUAAUGGAUAUAACCCGAGUAAUAUCUGCCUAAUUCGGGCACCGCUAUUCAAUUUCCUCACAGUAGAGGCAGGAACACCGAUUAUUUUAAAACCGUUUAAAAGUCCACUAGAAGGACAUCAACCAGGUGUGAGUGAAGAAUCCCAGAGGAAAACGCUAGGAUGCAGAAUCAAAUCAGAUACGAAAUCCUUCCUAAGAGACUUCAGAGCAGGCAUAUACUUGGAAAAACCAGAAUCCUUAGAAGACCUGCCACCAGAUAAUCCACUGGUUUUAUACACAUCAGACCCUGAUGCUGAAGUGCAGGUUGAAAUCAAAGUAGAUUCGAUUCUUUCAAGGUUCCUGAGAGACCAUCAAAGACAAGGUGUACAGUUUAUAUUUGACUGUUUGAUGGGUUUAAAAGGGUUUAACGGAAGAGGCUGUAUCUUAGCAGAUGAUAUGGGUCUUGGCAAGACUUUACAAAGUAUUACCGUUAUGUGGACGCUUUUAAAUCAAGGACUGGAUAAUAAACCUGCUGCAAGGAAAUGCGCAAUCAUAUGCCCGGCCAGUUUGGUUAACAACUGGGAAAGUGAAAUAAAGAAGUGGCUGAGAGGGAGGUGUCCCUGCACACCAGUAGCUGAAUCUAGUAAAGAAAAGGUGAUUUCUUCCUUUCAGGGCUUCAAAUAUGAUAGAACAUCGAGAGUAAUUAUAUCUUCAUAUGAAACUUAUCGCCUUCACUGUUCAUAUCUCGAGGGAGUUAAUAUUGACUUAUUAAUCUGUGAUGAAGCGCAUAGGCUUAAAAACGAUAAAACAAGGACAUCUCAGAGCAUUUCAAAUUCCUCAGCUAAAAUGAGACUUAUGCUCAGUGGCACACCAAUCCAGAAUGAUCUUAAUGAAUUCUACUCACUAGUAUCUCUGUGUAACCCAGAUGUGCUUGGGGAUGUGAACAGCUUUAGAAGAAACUUUGCGAAUCCCAUACUUAUUGGAAGGGAACCAUACGCUACUCCAGCAGAACAACAAAAGGCGUCCGAGAGACUAGCUGAACUAUCAAACAUCACUAACCAGUUUGUUCUCAGAAGAACAAACGCACUUCUGGCCAAAGUUCUACCACCUAAAAUCAUCCUGAACGUCUUCUGUAAUUUGACGGAUGUUCAAAAGGAUAUAUAUAAAUCGUUUGUAACUUCUAGAAGGUGGAAGAAUAUAAUGAACCAGGAUACAGUAGUAAGCAGAGCACUUUCUGCCAUACAAUCAUUAAUGAAGUUGUGUAAUCACCCGUUUUUACUAAAGAGAGGUGGAGUUAUGUCAUCGCCAGACGUGGAUUCACUGUUGCUAGAUAUCGAAAACGCGACGAAAUCCUCAAAAUACAAAUGUUGCAGAUGUGACCUUUCAGGGAAAUUUCUUGUUCUAUAUAGAUUACUUUAUCAAAUUAGAAGGCAUGGGAAUGACAGAGUUGUGAUAAUUAGCAACUACACUCAAACUCUUGAUUUAUUUGAAAGGCUGUGUAAGGAGUGUAAUUACCCAUUCGAAAGACUGGAUGGCACAACUAGUAUUAAAAAGAGACAUAAACUAGUGACGACCUUUAAUGACCCUAAUUCUAACAGUUUUAUAUUCCUGCUGAGUUCUAAAGCAGGAGGUUGUGGCAUUAAUUUAAUCGGAGCUAACCGCCUUGUUUUAUUUGAUCCAGACUGGAAUCCAGCAAAUGAUAAACAGGCGCUUGCUCGUGUUUGGAGGGAUGGUCAGACUAAAGUGUGUUACAUUUACAGGUUCUUUAGUACAGGAACAAUAGAGGAGAAGAUUUACCAGAGACAAAUUUGUAAGGACGGUUUGAGUUCAAUGUUGGUAACUGAUGGAAUCAACGAGUUGAAGGAUAGUUUAUCAGGUGAAUAUCUUAAGAACUUGUUCGAAUACAAGGAAAACAUUAUAUCUGAUACUCAUGACCUGAUUGAGUGCAAGAGAUGUUCCAAUCAGGAUGGGCCAGUAAUGCAUGUACCUCAAGACAAGGACUUCCUAGAAGACGACUUAAACACAUGGGCACAUCACUCUGAUCUAACUACUAUUCCUGACGAAUAUCUGGUUAGUGCAGCCACUAAAAAUGAGCCUCAAAUACAAUAUGAUGACAAGAGGAUAAGUGAUGACUUUGUCCCAGUGUCAUUUGUAAUGACCUGCAGGAUCGAAUUUCAGAAUGUAGAAGAAAGCGUAAGCGUUGAAAAUAUCGGUGUAAAGAAAAUCGCCAAGUCUGAUACUGUGUCAACUACAUUUGAUUCCGAUAAUGAAGACUACGUGCCAACUCAGGAAAGUGUGGACUCCGAUGACUGAAUAUGCAUUAUUUAACAUUUGUCGGCUUUCCACCUGGAACUAGCAUUGCUACAUUGUUUCCAUUAACUAAGGCGUCAUUCAACUCUGUUGUUUUGACUCCAUCCGGUGAGAAGGAGUAGUCGACAACAUCCUCCAGGACCUAAAAUCAUCAUGAAUAUUAUCAUUUAUCAAACCAUGUUCAUAUAGUCGUCAAAGCCUCUAAGGGUUCCUGUAAUUUCCUUAUCGUUCUUCAUUAUGAUCCAAAUUUUACUUCCGAGACAUUUAUCAAUGAGUGCCAACGGAAGAUAGACGGCGCUGGCUUCAAUUGUCGACAUUGUAGAGUUUUAUAAGUUAAAAAAUUAAUAUAAAUAAUUAAA